UGCCUUUCGGAUCUAUUGCUAGGAUCACUUUAUCUGCUAUUUGGAAGUUUAUCGUUUUGGUCUCUCAGUUUCGGCACCUAUACAGGCAGCAUCCAAUUUGUACUAUUGUCUUGCUUUUUAUUUUAAUUAGAUUUCCUUCUAGUCGUCAAUCCUGUCCUACAUCAAGUCUUUUGACUUGCUGAUUACUCGAGUCGUCUGAUCGUAAACAUCAUCCAAUUGACUGGGCCAUCUUGUUAUUCAUCAUCUUCGAAUACCUUGCAAGCAACGCUUAUCUUUAUGAUUCGAUCCUGCUUUUUCUAUUCAGAGAAAAACUUUUUGACCGUCCUUGAUUUCAUAUUUCUGAUUAUUUGACAACUGACCAUACCUCGACUUUAUUCUGUUUGGAUGGCGUCUUUUUACCUUGAAUCGUUAUAUUUGGACUUGUGCGACUGGCUCAAUCUUUGCGUCUACCACAAUGAUCUGGUUGGUUUUACCCUGCUUGCUUAGAUCACUCAAAAGCGGAAGGAUAAUCGUGGCGGUCGUCGCCGUGGUGGUGCUGCUAAUGGAGCUGGAAAACCCAACAACCGUGCUGGUGCACGUUCUGGUGAUAAUCGUCCUUCUCGUGGAGCUGCUGCUGGCAUGGUCGGAGCACCUCUUAGCGUUGCUGCUUCUGCUGACAAGUUGGUUGUUUCCAAUCUUGCUUUCAAUGUCACCGAGGCUGACGUGCGUGAACUGUUUUCUCGCAUUGGCCCUCUUCGAUCCGCCCAAUUAAACUAUAACUCGGAAGGCAAAUCCAAGGGAUCUGCAACCGUCAUUUUUAAUAAGCAUGGCGAUGCAUCAAAGGCGUUUGCAGAGUACAACAAUCGAACCCUAGACGAACGUCCCAUGAAAAUUGAACUUAUUGUUAACCCUGGCGCACCUGCCCUUCGUCUUGGCCCUGCAACUGGCACGGCCAACAGCCAUCGAAAUUCUGGAUCAGGUGGUGUCACCAAAACUCGCGGUCCUGCUCGCGCUUCUGGUGGUGGUCGAGGUGGUCGCCGUGCCCCUAAAAAGCCUGUUACUGCUGCCGAUUUGGACGCAGAGAUGGACAUGUACAUUGCUGCUCCUGCCCCUGAAGUCAAUAUUCUUGCUAAUGCUCUUGCUUAAAGCAACCACUUCUACUUUGUUGCUGUCUAAUGUGCUUUGAGCACUUUUUUUUCAAAACCUAUCAAAUAAAUCACUUGACAACUGGUUCACCUUGUCACCUGUAUUAUGGCAUGUGCAGCCGGUAUUCACGUAAAAUGAAACACCUUUCUGUAUUCAUCUUGCAAUGACUCUUGUUCCGAAAUAAACCAUGUUUCAACAUGGGUUGUUUUUCUACUACAAAUUGAUUAGUUUUACAAACUCUGUUGUAGUCUAAUAUCAGAUACGUUGACGAUCUAGUUCGAGAGAGCAUCUCAACAAUAUAACCGUUGUUUCCAUGAUGGUCACUUGAAAUGUUUGUUUUGAAGAAAAGGAAAGUUGAAGGUUAAAGAAAUGUCAAGAAUGCGAUCACUUGCUCUGUAUUCUUGUACAAGAGUGAGCAUGAUGAUCAGUCAACUAAUGAAUUCAUAAAACACAAUGUUGCCCAGCAAGAUUGGCAUUCAUCAAGCA